AUGAAUAAAUAGAGACGUUAGAAAAUAUUGCCAAUACAAUAGAUUUAGGCCAAACUGAAAUAGCUGAAACAAAGUAUAAGAGCUAGCGAGAUCAAGUCUUUGAGAUCAUCUUGUCUAUUCACUGAAACCACUCCCAAUGAGAAAUUUGAUAUUCUUAAACCAAAGCAGAAUCAGAAUAGCAGUCUUGAUGAAAGGACCAUGUACAUUAAACCUACUUUCAAGAAGAAGAUGAAAACCACCAAAAGGUAAUUUAAGGUAUAACAGAAGUCCUCAAUCCAUGAAGGCUAAAACAAGCUCAAUUCUAACCAAAUCUAAAACUACUGUGUCGCCCCAGAAACAUAUCAAAGAUAUAUUGCAAAGUUACAUUAAGAGCAAAUUCCCAAAAAGUAGAACCACAUCCAAAUCGAAAUCACCUCCAAAGUUAAAAAAAGUCUAAAGUCCUCAAUAAAGAUAGAUCAGAAGUUAAAGCAAAAAGAAGCAAAAAUAAAAACAAAAAACGACUGUAAGUCCCCAAAUGAAGAAAUCUAAGAAAUUAAAAACUCAAGUGCAAUACUAUCAACCUCAAAUAAGUAAGAUCAGUUCGAUUAGAUUAAAUACCUUCUCUGUAAGUGAAGAUCCUCAUAAAAUGAUAUUGAAUUCAAUAAUCGAAGAAUUACAGUUGAUGAAUGAGAAACAAAUGAUCGAAUUACAAUAGUACCUAAGAAACAUCAAAUAGGAGAAGAAGGAUGAAGCCUUGUAAACGAGCAUACAUGAAAGAUUUGACAUGCAGAAGAAGCACCAGUAAGUUGCAUCUCAAGAAAGCCUCCCUUUAAAUAUCAUUAAUGAGAUCUGUCACCAAAGAGAGGAAGGUAUCAAAUUGAGAGUUGCUAUGCAAAUGGAUGCAUUUAACAAUUUAUUAUAACAACAAAAAAUAUCUCCCAGGUCUUUUAACAACAAUAAUCAAGUACUUUAAUAAUGGGAAGUUCAAUAGACUCAAAAAUUGAAUCGGUAUCAAGAACAACUCAAGAAUAUCCAAAAUGUUACUAAUAAAAUACAAUAAAAAACAUUAAAAGACUUUUAAUGCAUAGAAGAACUAGAAUUAAACAAAUCUAUUGUAGUUUAAUAGUUAUGUACUAGAAUCAGUAUUAUUUAGAAUAAAUUUCAUUCGAAUCUAGUUAUUUAGAUUAAUCGGAUCUCUAAUUAGGCACACCAAUGUAACAGAAGAAUAUCAAUUUCAAGAGGAAAGAUAUUGUUAUCGACGUUGACUUUUAACCCUAGCAAAAUAUAGUUGAAAUUUAAACUAAUGUUGGAACCAUCAGUCUAUUCGUUGAAAUUCUCUGUUAAUAUAUUAUAGGUAUUUCAUAUAAAACAUUACAGAAACCUAUUUGAGUUCAUUCAUCAGAAGGAUGAACUAUCCCUUUGGCCUGUAACCCUUCAGCAAACUAAGACAAAUACAUGGACAUGAAGUAAUAGAGGAUGACAAGUAUUUAUACCCAAUCUAGGAGUAUAUCUUCACUGAAUUAUAAGUAAGAUUUUAUCAUAGAAUAAGCAAAAUAGUUCCUUAUAUGAAAAGAUUCAUAAUAGAGCCAUUUUUGAUACUUUUAAUGAAAUACUGAAUUAAUAUCGGCCAUUCUAUUACAGUAAUGGUUAGCCAUACCCUUGGGAGUAUAAUAGGAAUCUAGUGGUUGUCUUAUAUGACGAUGAGAAUAUCAAUUUAUUGUUAAUGAAGGCCAAAGAAAAACUGAUAUUUUAUGCAUCAAUCCUGUGUGGCUUAAUAAAUGAGGAUGAUGAAGAAAAUGGUGAACAAUUGCUAAAUUACGAACAAGUCUUGUAGAACUUGGUCAAUUCGGAUUAUUUGUCUUAAUUGCGAAACGAAAGGUUAUAGUUAUGUAUAAGCAAUGAAGUAAUGAUAAAUCUCAUAUUUAAUAGUUACAAGAAUAUGAGUACAUGUGGUCAUAUACGGACACAACUGAAACUUUAGUUGAAAUAACUGAUCACAUUUUCGAAGAUUUAAUAAAUGAAUUAACACUUGAAUUAUAAUGA